UCGAAGUGAAACGAAGUGACCGUUAAAUGCAGAUUUUCUGCCUCGAGGUCAUAGAUUCAGAGAUUAUUAUGAAAUUCGUUAUUUUUUCCGAAACAUUUAAACAUUAAUGUGUUUAGAAAAUAACAAAGCGAUUAAACGAACAGCAAGCAGGACGUGUUAUACAUAAAGUCGCUUUACUAUAGAAUCGUAUUCAUUUUUGGCGACGAGCAAAGAUCCUUAAGUUCGAAGCGGGUUGACAGCGGAGUGAAGUAUCUUCACAAUAAACUAUCUUUGAAGCUAACUGAGGGGCUACGGCUAACCGCAGGCAGCGGACCCGGGCAGCGGCGCUCCUGAUCCGGGAUGAUGCCAAGCGACAGCACCAUGACUUCCAUCGUCCAGAGAAUAGCCCGACAGGCUCUGGUCACCUUCAGGAACCCACCAGGACUCGGUGAGGAGAGCGGAAAGUCCUUCGUAGAGAAUCACGGUAAACUGAAGACCUUGAUGACGGAAGUCCGAGCGGCGGACCUGAAGCUCGUCCCGCGGAGAGCCGAGGACAGCGCGCCGCGGCCGAACCCGUACCACCACGGAGUACCGCCGGUCACCUACAUGCACAUCUGCGAGACGGACCAGUUCAGCAUGGGGGUGUUCCUGCUGAAAACCGGCGCCUCCAUCCCGCUGCACGACCACCCGGGCAUGCACGGCGUGCUCAAAGUCCUCUACGGGAAGGUCAGGAUCAGCUGCUUCGACCGGCUGGAGCGGCACGGCGGCGGGACGCAGGCGGCGCCGCCGCUGCCCCCGGCGCCGAUGGGCGCUCUGCGGCGCUCCGUGCUCCGGUCCUCUGCCGAAUACACGGAGGAGAGCGGGCCCUGCGUCCUCUCUCCGGACCGGGACAACCUUCACCAGAUCGACGCCGUGGACGGGCCGACGGCGUUCAUGGAUAUUCUGGCCCCGCCGUACGACCCGGACGACGGCAGGGACUGCCACUACUACCAGGUUCUGACCGAAUCGGAACCGAACUCCGCGGACGGGAAGGAGAAGGAGGUCUGGCUCAUGGAGAUCUCCCAGCCGCCUCACUUCUGGUGCGGAGGGGAGCCGUACCCCGGUCCGGAGGUGCACCUGUGAUCCGCCCGGACCGAACCUGGUUAAAUGGACCUGCCCAGGCCCGGUCCCGAACCGGGCUUCACGGACCUGGGCAGACUGGUACCACUUUAGAAUAAAGCUCCCCUUAUAGAUGGCUAAUAAAUAAUUUAGAGAUGCAAAUCUUUAGUUUUCAGAUUCAUUCCGAUUUUUAGGAUUCGAUUCAAAACGACUUUCGAUUAAAGCGAUCUAUUGUGUGCCUGACCAGUCUGACCAAAACAUUUAUUUAAACGAUGUUCUAAGACCAGAUUCCUUCAGUUUAUAUUUAAACAUAAAUAUUUUUGUGCAUGAAAUCCUGUAACUUAAAUCAGCAGUAUGACGUCAGACUAGCUGCCUCGCUUUUCCUUAAAUCCAAACAAAACUGUCAGUUAUUCAUUAUAUAAUUUUACAAAAAAACGAAGCAGACUGAAAAUGAUUUUUUUUUAGCGUAUUGAAUCGAUUCAUCAUUGCGAUUUUCUAUAGAAUCAGUUUUUCUGCACAUCUAGUAGACAUUCAUCUAUAAACACUUAAUGAAUCAUUAAUAACUGUUUAUUAUUAAGGGUGAGAAUGAGACUCUGUGCUAACAUAAAGCAUUUACUAAUGCUUAUUGUGCAAAGUAGUCACAAUAAAUAUUGUGAGUAUAUAUUUUUAUCUGGUAUAUUAACUAGAUAAAAUAUACAGGUGAACCGACUUGCCUCAACUGUAGAGUUUUUCUCCUUACCUCCCUGAAUUAAUGGUUUAUAAAGUAUUUAGAUAGUAAUUAACAUGUAUUAGCCAUCUGUAAAGAGGAGCCUCACUGUAAAGUGGUUCUGACCCAAAUUAAACAUAAUUCUGACUCAGAAUGUGAGUUCUCCUGCAGUCAGUCAGUCAUAAUCUGUGCAGACCUGACAUGUUAUCUGCUGCUCCACAUCUGGACUUUAUGACAUGUUUUUAGUAAUAAUUCAACAACACGCCCACUGGAGGCGUUUGCUGCUCUGUCAUUGAACAUUUUCAGACCAGCAGAGAUGAAUUAAAAUCUGUUUUCUUUCUGGCAUCUCAA